AUGCACAUGACCAAAGUCUCCUGUUUACUCUUAGUGUUACUGUGUUGUGAACUGUGUUCAUCAAUAAAGGUCCCAGUCACAUGGGAAGAAAGUGCUUCGAGUGAAGUGAAUAAUGAACCGAUCAAAGAGUCAGUGGAGAUAAUCGUACCACAAAAUGUGCCCGCCAAAAAACCAUCGUAUUACAAGCCAGUCCCCAUCGAGUACUUCCAAUAUACUGCGCAAAAACCUAAGUUUGCCGCUGAUAUUGCCGCCUUCCAUGGAGUUCAAAAUCCUCAAGACCAUUAUAAAGCCUAUCCAGUGAAACCGUUUACGGAAAAACAAAAACCUGUGCUAGGAGUUCAUAAAAUUCUAGAUGAAAAGAAUACUGUUUUCCAACCUUUUCAAAAUUAUGUACAACAAAAUGGUCCUUUGCAAAGUUAUGUGACACCGACUGCAAGUAAUUAUGAAGUAUUCCAUCCCUACCAUGCAGAAGAACCAGCACUAGAAGCUAUUUACAAAGAUCCAGUACUUACAAAAAUUAGGAAUGAUUUACAAGAUAGCAAAAACAGACUACAAACUUAUGAAAAAGAGGCUGGCGAACCUAAUAUUACUAAAGAUGAAUAUUUGGAAAGUCCAGAAAAAACUGACAGCAAACUCUUUUCGCCUCAAUAUAUACCUGCACAAUAUGAAAUUCACAAACCUCAAAGAAGACCUAUGUAUUACGGAAGACCAUAUUAUGAUCCCACUAGAAAUAAUGUACUAAAUAAAAGAUUUAAACAUCCUUGGAAUCAAUACGCGAAAAUAAGACCAGCCCACUACCGCCCAUUACAUAACCAUAUUCGAAAUUUACGAGAACAGCAUGCAAUGAAAUAUGACGAUGAACGAAACGAAUAUCCUCAAGUAGUAACAUCUUCUAAUGUUGCCGAGCCUCAAGAUGGUUAUGAUAUAUAUGAAAAGGGUAAAAAUAAAUAUGAACGAUUAAGAAACAAUCUUGAUGAAUCUGUUAACAAUAUUGCGCAACAAAAUCGACCAGCAAACUACCAAAAAUUAGAACUUCAAAAACAGGAACCUGCAGAUAAAAAAGAGGAUGAAGAAGAUGAGUUUAUUCCUGUGAAAAACUAUGCUCAAGUCAGAAAAACAGAAACUUAUAAGCACUUGCCCAAAAAAGCUGCUUUUGAUGAUGCGGAGACCUACGAGGAAAUCCUGAAUGCACCACGGCUACGAGAGGCAGUAAAGAGCACAAAAGCGCAAACCGUAUAUAGCGAAGAAGGCUACGAAGACGCCGCUUAUGAUCAUGCUGGAGAACAGAAACAUGCUUCUGACCACGAAGGCCAUGGCGGUUUUCUCAAAGAGCACGAAAAUAGUGGUGGUUUAUACAAAAUUCCUACUUUCAGUGGAAAAUAUACUGACGGUCGAGGUUUAGAGUAUAAAGACAACUUAGAACAUGGCGAAAAAUGGAAAAAUAAUAACAAAGAUGAAGAAGAAGAGACAGAUGCCGAAGUUUAUUCUGAAGAUGAACACGAAGAGAAUAUUGAAGCAAACAUUGAAAAAGAAGAUGACCCUGAAAUUGCAAAUAGAAGUAAAAGGCAAGAUUUAUUGACUAAUGACUCUGAAGAUAAUGAAAAUAAGAGUGUAGAUAAUAUGGAUCAAAUUGAAUACGAUGAUGGUGGUAAUGAAAAUGAUGGUAAAGAUAAUAACAGUAACAAACAAGACAUCAUAACAAACUCGGAACAUGGAGUUGGUAAGAGGGAAGUGAAUUUUGAAGUACCUGAAAUCAAUAUUACAUCAACAUUGACUAUACCAAGCAAUGAUCCAAAACUUGAAAAACUUAUAGCGAAACCUAAAACAGACAACGUUAAAGAGAAAUAUCCAUAUUACUUUAAUCGAGUAAAAGGUAUAAAUAAAAAUUCACCUUUAAGAUAUGCUGAAAAUCUCAAAUUGAUACCGAGAAAAUCAAAUGGUGGAACUGAAUUUUAUGACUCUCGGUCACAAUUUGAAUGCUCUGAAGUAGAUGAAGAAGUGGAUCCAAUACCUGAAAAACUGAAAAAUGGGGAAAAUCCUACCAAUUCCGAAGAAGAUGAAGAAUCUAACGCUAAGAAAAGAUUCGAAACAGUAAAAAAACAGCCACGUCUAAAUGGUCUUGGAGAUAAAAUUGAUUGCUUUAAAGCAAAAUAUUUUGGACAAAAUCCACUCGAUAGCCCAUUUUUUAAGGAAGAAAUAAUAUCAAAUCCUGAACCUAUUAUAGCACCAAAACUUUCUACAUAUAAGCUCAAAGGAGAAGAUUCACAGAAAACAAAAUUAAAUGACAUUGCUGAUUUAAGGGACAAAUUAAGGGAGGCUGAAAACACUAAUGUAUUUAUUCUUAUAGAUAAACUGAGAGCUGAUCAGAAAAACUUACAAGAUUCUAUAAAUAAGUCAGCAGAUAAUUUACUCACCAAUUUGUAUACGCCAAACAACAGUACCCAAGGUAAACUUGUGUAUACUGAUAUUUUAAACAAUAUUAAAAGUACUGCAUCGAUACCUUUAAAAACAAUUGCAAGCGGAUCGUUAAACAGUAACAACUCAAACGAUACAAAUAAAACGUAUCAUUUUUUUAAUAACAAAGAAUCAGUGACUUUUGUCCCCGUUAAAUUAAGAAGAAAAAGGGCAACACCUUUUGUAUAUGAACCAUAUAAAAUUAUACGGGAUAGUCAAGUACAAGAUUCAAAGAAAACUACAACAACCAGUAAUAUCAGUCCAUUAAUUAAACAGUUACAGUCAAGUAGAGUAGCGGAAAGGGUUUCUAGAUCGAGCAUAGAAGAUAAACAACCAAAAAGAACCUACGUUGACAUAGGGAGAAAAGAUAGAACUAAACCGAUUAAAAAUGAAAGUGAAAACUUAGAAGCAAAGUUCGUUGAUGUCAGUGUAGAUCAACGUCGAGGAGAACCAAGGUAUGAAAUUAGACCAACUAAUCAUAAAUCAGAAUAUACACCAGUUGAAAAUAAACGAGCGAUGACAGUUGAUGCGUAUAAGUCACACACAACUACUGAAAGGAAUAUUAAAGACUCUCUCAAGGUAAAUCGAGGCCGUCAACGUUUUCGAGGUGCACAAACUAGUGCAAAGCCGUAUUAUGAUGUUGGACAAUUUCUUCCCAAAUCUACUGAUAUUCAGAAUGCUGCUGCUUCAAAUACUGUAAAAAAAACGAGUACAGCACCUACCGAAACAAGCAAAUCUAAAGAAGAUUAUGAAGAUGACCCAGAUGCCAAGCAUGAAAAACCAUCUAAAACGACCACCACCACAGUAAGACCUUCAUUCCGGAGAAGAAUAAAAGUUGAAAAAGCUAAUCAGAAAAGUACAACUGAAGAACCAGAGCAUUCUACGGAAAUGCAACGUCUUAAACUAGUAACACGAUUUCGCAACUAUAAGCCAGCAGAGGAAAAGACAGAAAUGAAAGAACGUGUCACAACAAAAAACCAUGAUAAUGAUGACGACACCGUAGUACCAAAAUAUAGAGAGAAGAAGAAAAAAUCGCAUGCUAGUACCAUAGUCACAGAUAUUAAAAAAUAUGGCGACGAUGAUGAAGAAGAUAUGAAAAAAGAAGAAGUGGAUGCAUUAAUUAGAGUUAAGACUAAUAUGGAUGAUUAUAUGCCAAUGUAUGAAAAAGAAGAGGAGGAUAAAAUAGAACAUCAUCGAUCCAAGAAAAAUGGAAAACAAAAUACCAACAGACACAAACAUGAUAACAGGAAAAACAAAGAUGAUGAUGAUGAUGAUGAUGAUAAAGUUGAAAAUAAUCGUGAUGAUGAGGGAGAUGAUUAUGAGGACUAUGAUGAGGAUGAGUAUGACGAUGAUGAUGGUGAUAAAAAACAUGAUAAAGAUGACGAUGAUGAAGACGACGAUGUUGAUGAUGAUGAUGAUGAUGAUGAAGAUGAUGACGACGAUGAAGAAGAAGAUGACGCUGAAGACCAAAAGGUUGCUGCUGAAGAAGUACAGGAAAAAAUUCCACAAUUGACUGAAGUUGCUACAACACAUCCAAUCAAACACACGCUAGUCAGAACAACAGCAGCUCCUCCAGUUACCGUUCCAAUACGUAUUCGCUCUACUACGCCAGUCAUACCUGUUAGAAAUGUUAGGAUUGUACACAAACCAGUCGUUACGAGGAAAAAGAUUGAAAUUCACAAAGAAACCCCAGCUAACACAUCAUCUCCACACAUGACGCAGUUUAAACAAGAUAUUAAAGAAGUUGAAAUCAUUAAAGAAAUACCAGCGGUACCUAAAAAGAAACAGCUAAUUAAAAGUCCAGCGUUAGAACUAUAUAAAGAGGAUGGCUUGGCAAAGGCAAUUAAUGAUCUUAGUGACGUGGAAUUAUUUUCAGAAAAACUAGAUAUUGAUAUGGGUCCAAAACAUGGUGGAAAUUAUCGAAAGGCUACGAAAGAAGAUUUAAGACUACUACAAUUUCCAGCAGAUAUAAACCACCCUAAAGAUGCCGAAACUUCCCAAAGUAAAAGUUCUAAACACAUUGAAUUAGAUGAUUAUGUACCUAAAAGUUUACAUGGAGGUAACCUGAAAGCAAAGAGUGAUAUAGAGGUAACAAGUGAUAGGAGUCGAAGCGCUAAAAUAAUUGAAUUGAGUGAACCUUCAAUACAAUCAAUGCACGGAGGUAACCUUAAAUACGAUAAAACAAAAAAGGGUGACAGAAGAAAUCAGAAACUUGUUGAAUUCGAUUAUGCAUCUGAAGAAGAGCAUAUAGAUGAUGACAGCCACUCCCAGCCUUCUCUAGAUGAGAAAAUGCAUGGUGGAAACUACAAAAGUGCAAAAUUAGUAACUCCACAAAAUAAUGAUUUUGACGAUAUUCAAGUAAAAAGCACAACCCAUAAUGCUAGAUUAAAUUCUGCCGUUCUUCUAAACAGCUUUGCUCAAGCCGUCCCAAUACUGACCACAACCCCUGGGUACAUCGUAGAUCCUAGUAAACGAAUGUAUUAUUAUGUUGAUGCUUGA